CUUCCGCCUUUUACCUGCAGCUAAAAACUCGGAGACGUUCACUCUCGUAAUGGGCGUUUGCCCAUGAAAGGAUUCGGAUAUUAGACGAGCUAGACGCGUUGUUGAGCCUGUACAUGUGCUUUUGAAAAAAAAAGAGACGAUAGGGGAGAAGUGUAAUGAACUAAACUCAAACGUUUAACAGCGCAAAAGGCAGAAACUUUAGUUUGCCUCUCGCUAAACCUCGCGUCUCCUCGUCGUUCACAAUGGGGUGUUGCGGCAGCGCAGAGAAAAAGCGGGACUGGACGCCGCUGGAGGACCGCAGCUGCACGGACGUCCCAUGGCUCGUCGUGUUCGCCCUGUUCUGUUUUGGGAUGCUGUGUAUUUGUGGCUACCCCAUUGCCACAGGUGGUGCCUCCAGGCUGAUCUCGGGAUAUGACAGUUACGGCAACACUUGUGGGCGGAAUAACACCAACACCAAGAUUGAGGGAGUACCGCUCAGUGGCAAGGACAUGACCGAAAACAAAUUUGUUUUCUUUUUGGAGCCCUGCAACGUUGACAUCAUCAACAGGAAGGUCAAGUCCAUUGCCUUGUGUGUCUCUAGGUGUCCUGCUACUGAACUCACCACAUAUGAUGAUUUAAAGAAGUUUGCUCUGAAUAAUGGCUCUUAUCUCUGCUCGUAUGAUAUUCCCUUCACAAAAUAUACAAGCCAUCCAGAUCGUCUCACUAAAUGUCCAAAACUCCCUGUUCCAGCAAGUAAGGCUUUCCCAGUGUUCCACCGCUGUAUUCCUGUGGAUGUCGGCUGCUACGCUCAGUUCGCCCAGGCAUUCAUUACAUUUGUCAGUGACAACUCUGUGAUGCGCCGGGUCAUCGCCGGUGUGAUGGCCAGCAAGGAGAUCAUCAUGGGCCUUUGUGUUCUGGCUUUAGUUUUGUCCCUCAUCAUGAUGGUGAUCAUUCGCUACAUCUCUAAAGUAUUGGUGUGGAUUCUAACAAUUCUGGUGAUCAUUGGCUCGAUAGGGGGGACAGGCGUCCUCUGGUGGCUGUAUGCCGACAGCAGGAAUGCCCUGAACCAUAACACCUUGUCCGUAUUUGGGAAAGAAGUGGCCUCAGACAAUGUUAAGGCCCUGCUUGUGUAUUCAAUCGGUGCUACAAUUUUCACGGUGGUUCUCCUGCUGAUCAUGUUUUUCUUGAGGAAGCGAGUGGCCCUCACCAUCUCCUUGUUCCACGUGGCUGGUAAAGUGUUCAUCAGUCUCCCCUUGCUGGCCCUGCAACCUUUCUGGACUUUCCUGUGCCUCAUGCUCUUCUGGAUCUACUGGAUCACUGUGCUUCUCUUCCUCGGAACUGCAGGGACACCAGUAAAAAAUAAUUCUACAAAUGUGGUUGAAUAUCAGAUGCAAGGCCCUCUUCAGUACCUGGUGUGGUACCAUGCUGUGGGUCUCAUCUGGAUCAGUGAGUUCAUCCUCGCCUUCCAGCAGAUGACCAUCUCUGGAGCUGUAGUCACCUACUACUUCACAAGAAAUAAGUCCCAACUGCCAGCAACCCCCAUCCUUUCUUCCAUGAUGCGCACCAUCCGCUACCACCUAGGUACUCUGGCCAAGGGCUCCUUCAUCAUCACUCUUGUUAAAAUCCCUCGUCUCAUCCUAACAUACAUCCACAGCCAGCUCCAAGGGAAGGAGAAUGCCUGUGCUCGCUGCAUGCUGAAAGCCUGCGUCUGCUGCUUGUGGUGUCUUGAGAAGUGUCUGGCAUAUUUAAAUCAGAAUGCUUACACUGCAACAGCCAUCAACAGCACCAGUUUCUGCACCUCUGCCCGUGAUGCUUUCCUCAUCCUGGUGGAAAAUGCUCUCCGAGUAGCCACCAUUAACACUGUGGGCGACUUUGUCCUCUUCCUGGGAAAGGUGCUCAUAGUCGCCUGCACAGCUUUUGCUGGCAUACUGUCUCUAAACUACCAGAGGGACUACACAGUGUGGGUACUGCCUCUACUCAUCGUCUGUGUGUUUGCCUUCCUGGUGGCCCACUGCUUCCUCUCUGUGUUCGAGAACGUGGUGGAUGUUCUGUUUCUCUGCUUUGCUGUGGACGCAAAGUAUAACGACGGCAGCCCUGGACGAGAAUUCUACAUGGACAAGGCUUUAAUGGAAUAUGUUGAGGAGAGUAAGAGGAUGGAUCGGUAUAAGGCAGGUGACGGAAGUGGGCAAGAGAUGAAGUCCAUGGCGCGUGGAGGGACUUUAGCCUAAUGAGAUGUCUGAACAACUGCCAAAACCACUGAAAGACAAAGAGUUGACCAGCAUUUCACUCCAGGGACAGAAUGAUAUUGUUACUUUUUGUACUGAAGCUUUAACAAAAGAUGCAUUUGGGCUUUAGUCUUUAUCGCUGUUGCUACUUUAAAGUUUGACACUAAUACUAAUUUUUUAAAGAAAGGUUGUUUUAGUGUUUUUUCUUACGAUAACCUUGUUAUUAACAGAUGUUUUUGUACUGUAAGCUGCAGUUUAAAUGAGAUUUUAAACAGAUGACUAUGUCUAUUGACUAUGUGUAAGAGGUUGUUAAAAUUUUAUUACUUAUUACGUUUUAUACUUGAAUAAACAGAUUUGUAUUGUUUGAUGUUUGCAUGUAUAAAACCCUGCAUAGAAUCAGUAAAAACAUCAGAAAUUA